AUGGAUUCCCUUACAGAGAGAGAGAUAUCACACAUAGCGAGGCUGCAGAGAGAGGCUGGACUGCAGAGACUCAACUGUCACUUCUCAUGGCCCGACUUCUGUGAUGAGCGCCGGCGUUUCCAUCAGGAGUUUGUGUAUGACACCGCUAUGUUCGCAGCAUCCCGUGGCUUCUCCUGGUCUCAUGUCAUCCGGGCAGCUGUGAUCGUCAAAGACAUCUUCCCACAGCUGGACGGUCAUGACCUACCCAAACUAUCAUCCUUACUCAUGGACACACUGUCCGAGUGUUUGCCGAACCUCACCCCUGUCCACCGACAUGAGUUAACCCAGUACCUCACAGACACCUGCAUCACUCGGCGUAGGCUCUUCCAGGCGGUGGUGGGUGGAGCUGCUAACAUGUCCAUCACCCAGAUACACUUGGAGGUGCAGCUGCCACCCACACCCUGCCCUCUAGCACAGGGCAUGGAGCUGAAUGAGUGGGAGCAUCAGCAACAGCAAGCCCAACUCACAGCAAGUUUGCAGCAGAAGGAGGAGCAGCUGAAGAGCCUCAGGGAGGGGUUAAGGGUCACUGUAGAGGAUGUGAAUGUUCCUGAGGAGGAGCAGCUGCAUAAAGAGCUGGUGCGUGCAGCGGUAAAGGCCACAGAGGGACAGAUGCUGGCUUCUCUGCACCAAGAAGCCUCGUUGCUCGGUGACAUCCUGCAGCUCAAACUGCAGUGUGUAGCGUUGGCCACCGGGAGGCUCCACAAUCCUGCUCCAGCUCACAUCAGCCCGCAUCCAGACACAUCUGCAAAGGCAAAGCUGCACACAGGAAAAAAGUAA